CGAUCGUUGUCUUGCCGAUAUCGCGAGUGCUGGUGAAAUCGUUUUUGUUUUCGGUUGAAAUGACUAAGAGGCAGGCCGGUCCCGGUGACUAUGAACGUUGGAAGCAAUUCAUGUCGGAAUUUGGAAACUCUACCUCCUUUGUUCGACAGAAGCCCUCAUACGUCUGAUGACGAAGAGGUCAGCGAAGAAAAUUCCGCGUCUUUACCUACUUCGCCUGUCCCAGAAAGUACACAUAAGGAAGACAAUGAUAAUAUUGACAACAGGGAGACUUUGCAUGUGGAUCCUGACAUCAGAGACAUACUAGGCUUAGAUGAAAAGGACGACAAGGAUAAACUUCCUGUUGUUGACCCAGCCUUAGUACUUAUCUGGCAAAAGCUUAUCAACACCGGCUUGAAAAAAGAAACUCACAAUGAGAUUAUGCUGAAUUACCCUAGGACAAUUCCUCAUCCAAGAGCGACAACUCUGUCCAUGAUAGCCGCAAAAAUAUCAGGACAGCUUACAUUAUGAAUGGUAUUUUUCCGGAAGCGGCGGAAUAUAUAUUAUGGCAGCCUCGAUCUCCAAGUCAACUUCGGUGCAGUACAAUGUAGUCUACAAUAAAUGGUUCAAAUUCUGUGAAUGCCAUAACUUCGAUGCAUACAAACCAAAUAAGAAUUCUAUUUUACGUUUCUUAACGGACAGAUACAAGGAUGGAGUAAGUUAUGGGACUGUCAAUUCAGAUAGAUCGGCACUUUCCUUGAUUUUGGACAACAAGAUUGGAGCAGACGAGCACAUUUCCAGAUUUUGCAAAGGAGUUGCUAAGCUACGUCCGCCGAAACCUAAAUACGCUUUCACAUGGAAUGUCGCUAUUGUCCUCAAUUAUUUCAAGACUCUUCAUCCGCUGGAAGAGUUAACAUUUUCUCAAUUAUCUUAUAAGACGGUUAUGCUUUUAUUAUUAGUCACUGGCCAUAGAGCGCAAACGAUAGCUAGCAUUAAAUUAGAAAACAUCUUAUCUUCUAAAGAUGGAGUCCUUAUUUACAUUACGGACAAAAUGAAGAUAUCAGCCCCUGGCCAAAUGCAACCACUGCUCUAUUUACCGUUUUGUAUCGAUAACCCAAAGAACUGCGUGGCUACUAUACUUCUCUAUUAUUGUAAAGUUUCUAAAUCUCAUAGAUUAAACAAUGAAAGAAAAUGUUUCAUCGCGACAAGAAAACCCUUUAAAGGUAUCACUGCUCAGACUGUUAGUAGAUGGGCAAAGCUGGUUCUAGAGAAGAGUGGAAUUGAUCUUACGAUAUUUUCUGCUCACUCGACUAGAUAUGCAUCUACAUCUUCAGCGCAUUCUAAAGGAGUAGACAUAGAUACCAUAAAAGAACUGCUGGCUGGUCAGCGGGAUCUCAAGUUUUUGCAAGAUUCUAUAAUAGGCCAAUUGAUUCUUAGUCUAGUAAUUUUGUACCUUAUGUCCCACGUAUUAUUAUUAAGAACUCAAAUAAUAAAUUCUGUAAAUGCAUGUUGAUUUAUUGAACUCUCUAAAGAACUACAUAUUAAUAUUGAGAACUAGAUGGAAUAUAAUAGUAUAAUCAAAUGAACUUACCGUGAAGUUCGAUUUAGAUUAUAUUCCAUCUAGUUCGAAGAUAUUACAACCCACCCCUUAAAUCAUUAGCCCUCGUCUCUCAUGCUAUCCCAACCCUCUUUUUCUUAUUAAUCUCACUUCAGUCUCUAAAGCAUAUUAGGUACGGUACGAAGAGCGAACGGUGCCGGCUCGAACCACGCCACUGCCGCUCUUUUUUUCUCGGUCGAUAAAGGUGUGACAUCUCACGGGGCGAAGGGGAACUACAAAUGAAAUGCUUCCACAUGGCAUACAUUACUUUUUUAUAUGGGGAUUAAUCAAUUAUUAUUAUGAGUAUUAUUAUGAUAUGAUUUUAUAAAAUGGAAACUAAGCAGAAUAUUGAUUAGGUUAGAGUUAGACGGUUAGUCUCGGAAGCGGGAGUUAAUAGUGAUAUGAUGGAAUUGGUGUUGUGAUUGAAGUUAUUAUAUUGAACUUCAGAUUUAGAUGUACUAAAAUCUCUCCUGUUCUCAACAUUUGCAAUUUACAAAACUAUGUCAUUUAUUCCUUUGUGGCCAAAUCUGCAACCGAGAGCUACAGAUCCUCUCUGGUUCAAUGCUGAUAAACCAAUUGAUGAUGAAAGUGAAGUAGUGUCAUUAGAGCUUGAACAUCAAACUUGGAGAGAACAAAUUCAAGUGGAAGGGCAUGACCAUAUUCCUAUUGGCAAAUCAGCAAGUGAUUUUAGAAAUUCAGAGGAAGAAGAAGAGGAAGAAGAAGAAGAGGAAGGUGAAGGAGAAGAAGAAGAAGAUUCAGAAACACAUGAAGAAGAAGAGGAAGAAUUGGAUGAUAUUGAUAUGGAAGUUAGCUAUUCUCGUCAACAACAACGAACAAGUCCAUUGGACAGUGGUACUGAUUCCACCGUGAUUAGAAUGGAUGCAACUGGAACUUGAAAAUAAUCUCAGUUUGUACAACAAAAGUUAUAAGAACUUUCGUUGUUUUCAAACAGGUUGCACUUAAAAGUGAUUGAAGAAUAAAUAUUCCAGAUAAAGAAAUUAUAAGAGGUAGAAAAGUCUGGUUGUUACAUUUAGAUUAUAUUACUAAAUUAGAUAAAAUUAUUUGAAAGUUUAAUUUAUCAACAUUGUUUCCUUAUUUAAAAUUAUUUUUAAUAAAUUUAUAGUAAUGUAAUUAUUAGAAAUGUGAUCUGCUAAGAUUUAAACAUUGAUUAAUGCGUUAAAUGUUAUUCGUGAGCUGAUCUCAAGGUAUCAAAUAAAUUGUAAUUUGUUUAUUAAUAUUUUCAUAAAACAUCAAUAAUUUUUGAAAAAAUGUAUAUAUUCUAUCUGGAAAUAUUGAUCAAUCAAUCAGUUUUUCGAUUUAUUCUAAACAUAAACGUAAAACUAACUUUUUAAUCUUGUAUUUUCUUGAGUAUUGUUGACUAUGGCUUGAAUCUAAUUACAGCCAUACAGUUUAGCAAAUUUAAAAUGGUGGAAGUAGAGUAAUUAUCGAAUUGCUAAUGCCUAAUAGGUAAAAAGCGAUAAAAAAGUUUGAAAAGUGAAAAAGGUAUGAGGGAACAAUAUAUCACUAUUCGAAAGAAAGAUAUUUUUAUGGAUCUAAAUCAUGUGCCAGAAGUACCAAAAUAAGUUAUUAAUAUUUCUUAGAUUUUAGCACUCAUGAAUAAACAUUAAUUUUAGAAAAAAAAAGAAAAAUUAAUAUUUUUAUUUUAAUAGAUGA